CCUCCAUUUUUGAAUAUUUAUACAUAUGAUGGACUUCAACAUCGGAGUUCUUCUCUCGCUCGACACUGAAAAUUACUAGAGAGAGAGACAGAGGAAUGAGUUCGUAUCUGCGAAAACUCAAGAUUGGUUCAUCUAUAUCAUCCCCAGAUUCAGUGCACAUAAAAGAAGAAGAAUUUGAAAACAAAGAGAUGGAAUGCAGUAAAGUCAUGAGAGCAAUUGUUGAAAUUCAAAAUCCCUCUGCAAAGGAUGUGGACAACUCUAUGAUCUGUAGGUUUCUCCGAGCUCGUGAUCUGGAUACUGAAAAAGCUUCAGCUAUGUUUCUCAAGUACCUAAAUUGGAGGAAAGAAUUUGUUCCAAAUGGUUUCAUAUCUCCCUCAGAAAUUCAAAAUGAUAUUGCCCAAAAUAAGUUAUUUAUGCAAGGUCAUGAUAAGACCGGAUCCCCAAUCGUGAUUGUUCUUUCUGGUCGCCAUAAGCCUACCGGCGUAGAAGAGUUCAAACGUUUUGUUACUUACACACUUGACAAAGUAUGUUCUAGGAUGCCAAGUGAGCACGAGAAGUUUACUGCGAUUGCAGAUUUAGAAGGAUGGGGUUAUUCUAACAGUGAUAUUCGCGGGUACAUAACAGCUCUCUCGAUUUUACAGGAUUUCUACCCAGAGAGACUAGGCAAGUUGCUUAUAAUCCAUGUGCCUUACAUAUUUAUGACUGCUUGGAAGGCUUUUUACCCAUUCAUUGACAAAAACACUAAGAAGAAGAUAACUUUUGUGGAAAACAACAAACUGGAACUGACCCUGCUUCAACACAUUGAUGAGAGUCAACUACCCGAAAGAUAUGGAGGCAAACUACAAUUAGUUCCUAUUCAAGAAUGUUGAUUUGUUUCUCUACCAAGUUCUGCGGAGAAGAUGUUAUAGUCUGAAACAUCAUUAUAGUACUUUCAAAUCUCGCUUUGCUCGUGCUUCGAAGCAAAGAUUUAAUACUACGGAUUUUUUUAUCAUGACACAGAAAAAUCAAAAACUACCAAGUAUUCUUCAAUUUUCUCAACACAUGAUAAAACCUUGUGUAUUGUUGAAUUUAAGGGUGCCUAACUUUUCCUUAAGAUACCGUACGA